AGGGAGGAAAUCAUUCCCUCUCCUUCGGUGCCCGCUAGGAAAAAAAAAAUCAAACCGGGAUUCCGGGAAUGGCUUUCGCUUUUUCCCCCAUCGCGGAGGUUCCGACGUCAGCGGCCGGCCGUCGCCAUGACUCACACGGUGAUGGUAACCAAUGGUGAUGCGGGCCCGCGGUCACGUGGGAGGCCGCAGCCAAUGGGGACGGGCGGUUUUCCGUCACGUGGGGCGCGCUGGCCAAUCGGCGCGUCCAAGAUGGCGGGGGGUAUAUAAGGUGUCGUCGGGGUGCCAUUUGCGGAGCGUAGGCUCGGCUUUAGGGAGUCGCUUCUCGUCGGAUUUAUGUAGAAAUCCCCAAACGAAACGGGUGUAAUAUAGGUUUAAAAACUCUCCCGAAGGCGCCGGCACUCGGUUGCCGUUUUCGACAGCUGGAUUUUAAGCGGCAGCAUGGAAAGUGAAGGCGGUUCUGCGGCCCCGGCAGGCCCAACGACUCGAUGCGGAUUUUUUCUUCUUGAUUCUACCAUCUCUAUAUUCUCGCAUCUUCUGAAGUUUACACUGGUGCUAGCCAGCAAUAGAAAGCAUCGUGAUGUCAUCUGGUGAUCAAAAGUCAACUAACGAUCUCUCCAAAGCAGUUAAUGGCUGCUGCCAGGCUACCAGGUGAGGUCUACAAUGGGAUCAAUGGUAUGUCGAGUGAGAGUGGCCCAGGGAAGAGACUAAGAAAACUACCAGCGAUGGGGGAUGGCCUAGAAAGCACACAGAUGUCUUCAACACAGUCACAAGCUCAACCCCAACAAAGCAUUGCUGGUAAUCCUUUCCCUCCUGAAACAUCCAAUCCCAACCGAUCCAAACGGCUGACAAACCAGCUCCAGUUUUUGUCAAAAGCGCUCCUGAAGACAAUAUGGAAACACCAGUUUGCUUGGCCUUUCCAACAGCCUGUGGAUGCUGCGAAAUUAAACCUACCUGAUUACUAUAAAAUCAUCAAACAUCCUAUGGAUAUGGGAACAAUUAAAAAACGCUUGGAAAACAAUUACUACUUGAACGCCCAAGAAUGUAUUCAAGACUUCAAUACCAUGUUUACCAACUGUUACAUUUACAAUAAGCAAGGGGAUGAUAUAGUCUUAAUGGCAGAAGCUUUGGAAAAGAUAUUUCUUCAGAAAAUUUCAGAGAUGCCACAAGAAGAGAUUGAAGUACCCAUCCAGCCUACCAAAGGAUCACGGGGACGAAGCAGAAAAGAAGCAGUUCAUUCUAAAACCAACGUGUCAACUGUACAGACUGUCACACAGACGACAAUGCCAGUAUCCGCACCAGCACAACCACAGCAGCCACCACCUCAGCGGGCACCUCAGGCAUCUCAGCCUGCGCCACCACAGCCGCAGCUUCCAUUGGUAUCUGUGCCGGCACCAACGCCACAGUCAUUUCCUCCUGCAACUCCUGACUUGAUAGUCCAGCCUCCAACCACAACAGUGUCUCCGCAUACUUCAGCACCCCCAAUGCCGACACUCACGCCAACAACUGUGAUGACGACAGCGCCACAGCCUUUAAAGCAUAAAAAGGGUGUGAAAAGGAAAGCUGAUACAACAACACCAACAACCAACGUUGCAGUGAAGAGUCGAGAGUCUUCUCCGUUAAUGACCGAACCCAAACCUGCAAAGAUCCCUUCCAGAAGUGGCAGACCUCCCAAACCUGCAAAGAAAGAGAUUCCAGACUCACAACAGCAAAUUCAUCUUGAGAAGAGUGCGGGUGGAGGUGUUGGGAUUGUCGGAAGUGGUGGUGAUGGCAGUGGCAGUGAGCUUGUUGUCGGCAGUGGAAACGUUUCAGAACAGUUGAAGUACUGCACUGGGAUUCUAAAGGAAAUGUUCGCCAAGAAGCACGCAGCCUAUGCCUGGCCCUUCUACAAACCUGUGGAUGUAGACGCCUUGGGACUGCAUGAUUAUCAUGACAUUAUAAAACACCCAAUGGAUCUCUGUACUAUUAAAGCAAAAAUGGACAACCGACAAUAUGGGGAUGCUCAAGACUUUGCAGCAGAUGUUCGGUUGAUGUUCUCCAAUUGUUACAAAUAUAAUCCUCCUGAUCAUGAAGUGGUUGCGAUGGCAAGAAAACUGCAGGAUGUGUUUGAGAUGCGUUUUGCAAAAAUGCCAGACGAGCCCGUUGAACCAGUUGUUCCAUCUCCUCCUCCUGUACCACCUCCGCCCAACCAGGUGUCAUCCUCAUCUUCGAGCGACAGUAGCAGUGAUAGCUCCUCUGACAGCGACAGCAGCACAGACGAUUCCGAGGAGGAGCGGGCACAGCGGCUGGCUGAACUUCAAGAACAGUUGAAAGCGGUACAUGAGCAGCUGGCUGCCCUUUCCCAACCCCAACUGUCAAAACCAAAGAAGAAAGAGAAAGAUAAGAAAGAGGAGAAAAAGAAAGAGAAGGAAAAGGACAAAGAAAAAGAGAGGCAUAAAAAGAAAGAUGAUGUGGAAGAAAAGAGAAAGAGCAAAGCUAAGGAGCAACAGCCAAAAAGAUCAAAGAAGAGCAAUGCAAAUCCCAGGAACAUGAAGAACAACAAACCUGGACCCACGUACGACUCUGAUGAAGAAGAUAAAUGCAAGCCGAUGACCUAUGAGGAGAAAAGACAGCUGAGUCUGGAUAUAAACAAACUUCCUGGAGAUAAAUUGGGGAGAGUAGUUCACAUCAUUCAGUCCCGUGAGCCCUCACUGAGAAACUCAAACCCUGACGAAAUUGAAAUAGACUUUGAAACUUUAAAACCCUCCACAUUGCGAGAGCUAGAACGAUACGUCACGUCGUGUUUACGAAAGAAAGCGAGGAAACCUCAAGUGAAAAAAGUCCCAGGGAAAUCGAACGAUGACCUCCAGCUAGACUCGAAGAGUGAGCUGGAUACCAGGUUACAUGACGUUAGCGGCCAGCUGAGCUCUGGGAAGAAACCAGGCAUAAAAGCUGAGAAGCAUGACGUAAGCAUGGAUGUGGGAGGCCCAUCAAGGAUGAGAAGCAGCAGCAGUUCUUCUGAGUCAGACAGUAGCAGUGACUCCAGCUCCUCUGAGAGCAACGACUCUGAAACAGAGGUGCCACCUAAAACCAAACAUGGCAGCCACAAGAGUCGCUCUGGACGGGAGCAAAAGAAGCAACAUCACCACCACCAUCAGCUUCCACAGCCGAUGAAGCAAUCACCUCCACAGUUUAUACCUACUCCCCUUCCAAUCAUGGAGCCACAGAUAUUGACCAAUGCCUAUGAUGCCAUGCCGCACUUUGGACAGCCCAUAAUGCACCUUCCUCACCAAAGCGAGCUGCAGACGCAUUUGCCGCCACCACCCGAACAGCAUUCGCCCCCUCACCUCACCCAGCAUUCAGUGGUGUCUCCACCAGCCUUGCACAGUAGUUUGCCUCAACAGCCAUCCAGACCCAGUGGUAAAGCGGCACCAUUACCUCCCAAACAGCCUCGUCCUCUUGCACAGUCCCCGCCCAUGGUCCCACAGCCUAUAUUACAGCCCCCACAGAUGACUCAGCCGCCAGCUAUUCUAGAAGAGGAAGAACUACCAUCUCAUCUCUCGAUCCCCCUACAUGCUUCUCAGAUGCACCUGUAUCUGCAACAGCUGCAAAAGGCCCAGAGUCACACCCCGCUUCUCUCAACGGUCCAGACUGCGUCCCUGCCCCAGCCACUGCCCCAGACCAUCCUCAGCCAACCACAGGUAUCUCACGCGCAGCCCCAGCCUCCACCCCACACUCAGGCUGUGACACAUCCCCAGCCUCAGCCUCUCUCCCAACAGCAGGUACAACAGCAACAGCAGCAGCAGCAGCCAAGGCCACUUCACAUGCAGCCCAUGCAGUUUCCACCACACAUCCAGCACCCGCAGCCUCCCCACCAACCUCCCCCGCAGGCGAAACCCCAGCAAGUCAUUCAGCAUCACCACUCCCCACGGCAGCCAAAACCUGAUCCCUACUCCACAGCUCAUAUGGCAGAUGUGUCUUCUCCGCUCCUGAUGCAUUCCCCACCACUGCCACAAUUUCCAUCCCUUGUCCAGUCACCACCAAGAAAUGUACAGACUAAAAAACAGGAACCCCGAACACCGUCAAUAGUACAGUCGCAACCGAUGGUGCACGUGAAAGAAGAGAAGAGUCACUCUUCACCCGUAAUCAGAAAUGAGCCAUUUAGUCCUUCAAUGCGGCAGGAGCCAUCAAAGCCGAGGGAAGGAAACAAACCACCUCCACAUCUUGGUCACAGGGCGGAGAUGAAGCAGAUGGAAGUUGCUGGGCCAGUGAUUCGGCCUCCGGAACACAGCUCGCAGCCUUCUCCUCAGGACAAAGACAAACACAAACAACAGACGCCCAAAACUCCUGUGGCUCCCAAAAAGGAUCUCAAGAUCAAGAACAUGGGAUCAUGGGCAAGUCUUGUUAAGAAGACUCCUUCCACUCCCUCAUCUACGGCAAAAUCAUCAAGCGAUAGCUUUGAGCAGUUUAGGCGAGCAGCGCGAGAGAAAGAGGAGCGAGAAAAGGCGCUUAAAGCACAGGAAGAGUAUCGUAAGAUGCAACACGAGGCAGCGGAGAAGGAGCGUCUCCGCAUGGAGCAGGAGAGACAGCGAAGUCGAGAUGAGGAGGAUGCUUUGGAGUGCGCCCGGAGAGCUCACGAGGAGGUGAGAAGACAGCAGCAGCAUCUUCAACAGCAACAGCAACAGCAACAAGCAGCAGCAGCAGCAACAACAACAGCAACAGCAGCAACAGCAACAACAACAGCAACAACAACAGGUGCAGCAGCAGCAGCAACAGCAGCAGCAGCAACAGCAGCAGCAGCAGCAACAGGGCUCUCAGCCCACCUCACAGUCUAUGCUGGAUCAGCAGCGAGAGCUAGCAAGGAAGCGGGAGCAAGAACGAAGGCGGAAGGAAGCAAUGGCGGCUACGAUUGACAUGAAUUUUCAGAGCGACUUAAUGGCAAUAUUUGAAGAGAAUCUCUUCUGAGGACUCCUUUUCCUGGAUAUCCUGACUUUUGAAAGUACUACGAAACUGUUUUCCAUGAGUUGCGUGGCACCGUAGUGUUUGGGCCAGGUUCUUGGUGCACGGUCUUUCUGCAUGUGUGACCCAGUGAGUGAGCGAAUCGUUCAGUCGAUGCCUUGAAUGGAUGGAUGGACAUGGAUGGACAGAAGUCUGCCUUACAUUUAACCCACAAUAUAGGAAUGAACAAAUAGACAAAAAAAACUUAUUGUUGUUUAGAAAACACGUGCACAAAUGUGCGUCCAGCUUUCCGAAUGAUACUACUGUAAAGAGGGUAGGGAGGGGUUACCCAUUAGCUGCAAGGCUGUCCUCGCCAAACUCCUUCACUAUGUACGAAAAGACACAAUAACAUUCUGAUGUACUCAAUCAAACAGGCUUUCACUGUUACAGUGUCAGGGCCCUGUUUCCUGAACGGUUUUGCUGCAUUGGCUCUAUAAAUCUAGUUCGUCUCCUUCACUGCUCAUGAGAGAACGGGGCAAUACUAUGAUAUAUAUGGGUGGAUUCCCCUGUAAUUGGGAAAACUGGCCCCUUCACUAAGUUACAACAGUAUAAUCUGGAUGGACUAUUUAAGCAGUGCAACUAUGUGUUCAUUUUUUUUUUACAGUGCAUAGUGCUGUCUGCGGGUUUUGUUUAUCUACAGAGUUUUCACAUACUAGGCUGGGUAUGUUCUGACAAGCCAUGUGAUGGUUAUGGCAAUACAAAAAAGGGAAAAAAAUCGUAUGUCGGAGGUUAUGAGUUUAAACAGCUGUCCCAUCUAAAGCAUUUUUUUUUUUGUUUUUCCGUUUUAAUUUCUUUUCUGCAGUGUUUGGGAUCAAAGCUGGACUACCAACCAAAGUAGGUAAAAUUGUUUUGUCUCAUUACCUCAGGAGAUACGAAUGUUGAAUGGCACUGCUGAAACUGUUUUGUACUGUUGUCCCUCUGAAUAGUAAAGAUACAAGAGCUGACUUUCUUUUCUGCAAAUAACCAGAGGUUUCAGCUGCCCUUGAGUAGUUCAACCGAUGCUGUAUAGUGGGUAUGGUUGGUGUGCAAUGCUUAACUUGUAUGUUUUCUGUAAUUAAAAAAAACUUACUUUAUUAAUGUAGCAGACUUCCAUACGAUUUGGAGGCCCAGGUGUGAGUUUUAUCUUUAUAUGGUCGAUUCUGGGCGUUCCUUUUUUUUCUUCAGAGGGUUGUACAAAAUAUACGAGCUGUUUCUGUGCAAGUGUCUCUUUAGUAUUCGCUAAAAGCAUCAAGUGAAGUGCUGGUUCUCCUAGUUAAACUCUGCAGCAAGAAUUAGACGAGUGAUUGUUUUAUGGCAAAUAUGGCAAAAUUUAAAUUAAUGUACCAUUCCUCGUCUUUGCCUUUAAAUAUAAUUUUAUUUUUUCAGCUGUUUUUAACCUUUUUCUUUUUUUUUUAAAUGAACAUAUUUUAAUGUGCCAAAAUACCCACUAUACAGUACCAGCUCCAGUGUUGGUAACCUCAGUUUAAAGUCGGUUUUACUGAGAGGCAGAAAAAUUGCAUUUGGUCUGUAUCGAUUAUUGAAUAAACACACCUUUUAUACAAUA